GUCUCUAAUCCUAGCUACUCAGGGGCGCUGAGGCAGGAGAAUCGCUUCAGACCAGGAGGCAGAGGUUGCAGUGAGCCGCGUUCACACCAGUGGACUCCAGCCUGGGCAACGGAGCCAGCCCCUGUCUCGAAAAAUUACUUGAAACCGAAGAGGAUGUUGACCAUUUUAAUUGCAAGUCAGCUGGGUACUACUUUAACACGUUUGACUUCAACAACCUUUGACUUAGGCAUCAUUCCCAUCUUACACGAGAAUUCCAGAAUCCACAGAAAUCAAGUGGUUUCUCCAUCUAGUAAGUGGCAGAACCAUACUAUCUCAGCAGUUCGCAGAGUUCAUCCCUUCACCAGGUAAAAAAGAGUGUCAAGUGGACAUGCAAAGCCUGUGGAGAGAAGCAGUCCUUUUUGCGGGUGAGUCUACAAAACAGAAAGCAGGUGGGGCGCAGGCCUGCGGUGAGCCCUUCCAGGAAAUCCCAGAAUGCCACAGCUGGGAUCAUCCUGUCUCACACAAAGUUCCCAGACACAGAGCUCCUGCUUCCGAGCUUCCUGUUCCUUCAGGAAGUGAAAUGGAUGGAGUGGUGUCUGGAAAGAUGCACUUGUGUGGAAGGGGAAGAGAAACUAAUACACACACGCAUCUACCUAAUUUAAAACUCGGCUGGGCACAAGGAAAGGAAAGCCCCAGGGACUGUGAGAAGAUGACGGAGGAAUCAAGGCGGCUGGGGAAGGGCAGAGGCUGUCGGUGGAGUCCACAGAAUCUCAUUCCAAGCCAACUGGAAGAGCUGAGUCCCAAUUAUAAAUUCCUAGGAGAAGCAAUCUGGUUGGCCCAGGCUGAUUCGGAUGUCCACCUCUGGUCCGGUCAACUGGGAUUGGGUCUCAGUAGAGAGGAGCUGGCUUACCAGGCUUAUGGUGAAGGCUCUGGUGCUGACUGUAGACGCCAUGUCCAAAAAUUAAAUCUACUGCAGGGACAAGUUUCAGAGCUGCCACUCAGGUCUCUAGAAGAAACUGUCAGUGCUGAUGAAGAAGAAAACGUGGGCCACCAGCAGGCUGGGAAUGUGAAGCAGCAGGAAAAAUCGCAGCCCUCAGAGAGUCGCUGGCUGAAGUAUCUAGAAAAGGACUCCCAAGAACUGGAGCUGGAAGGAAGAGGAGUGUGUUUCAGCAAACAGCCUUCAUCCAAAAGGGAGGAGCCGGGCCCCUGCCUCAGCCAAGACCUGCCUAGAAAAAGGAAGUGGAGCCAGAGCACCGCCCAGCCUCCGUGCAGCCUUGGCAUCCAGGACUCGGGUGGCUCUGAGGUCGCCUGGGAACCCCAGAAGGGACAGGCUGGCUCGAUAUGGAAGGCGAAACAAGGCAGCAGCCCCUGCCUCCGGGAGAACUCUGCAGACUGCAGCGCCAGGGAGCUGAGGGGUCCUGGGAAGGAGCUAUGGAGUCCUGCCCAAAACAGUUCACAUGUGGACAGAGAGCAGCCAAGACCUCUUCAGAGGGACCCCAGGCCAGCUGGUCUAACACAGGCUAAGCAAGGGACCCCCAGAGCACAGGCCUCAAGGGAAGGCCUCCGCAGGCCCACCGACGCUGUCCCGCUUCCUCGGGCCACACACCCCACCACUUACGGCCCUGAGGCGCCCUGCAGGAAGACCUCAUGGGACGCAAGGACUCCCUGGGCAGAGGGUGGGCCCCUGGUCCAGGAGACACAGAAUGCCCGACUCCUACGACUAUGUGACCUCUUUACAACUGGUGAAGACUUUGAUGAUGAUCUGUGAUCUGGGACUGGCAGGUUAUUACUCGAGAUACUCUUGUAUCUCGAGGAGGGACAGGGUUCCCUAAGGUACUUUUAAGAUACUGUGUGAGAACCACCAAUAAACUUACUGUCAAACAGA